UUGCCAGGCGAGCUCGGCAGCGUGACCGCACUGCAUUGAGUUGCUUUAAUGAAAGCCAGGAAAGAACACAUUACACAGUGUUUCUUCGGAGAGCCAGCUAGCCUCCAGUGAGUGAAAUCAAUAAAAACAGUCGGCAAGGGGCCCAGUGGGGGAAGAGAGAAAUCUCCACUACGGCAUUCACUUUGCUUUCCACUUUCUCCCCCGUCCCCGUCCCCUCCCCGAAAGUUAAACUCUGAAGAUCACCAUGAGAAGCUACUUCGCUUCCAGCCCCGAGAAGACGCUGGUGGGGAUUUAAAGGAAGCCGGUGCUUGCCUUCGCUGCCCUGCCUUUCGCUCUGCCCCCAGCGUGAAGGAAAUGAGAGGCUUGUUGGGAAUCUGAAUCCCUCCUGGAAAAUAAUAACAACUUCAUCGGAGAAGUGCAUCGUCCUGCGUUUCGGGAAAGGGAUGGAUUUUACGGUCGGAGAAUGCUAAAAGGGGAGAAAAGCAGGAAUCUGAUUCAGCCAGAGCCCGCGUACAGCACAGGAUGUCCACCACAGCGGAGGGGACCUCCGAAGCUGCGAGCCGGCGCCUGAGCUCGGCAUGAUCCACGUCCUAGAGCAGCCGCAAGCGCAGGCCACGCGUGAGUGCCGAACGGACCCAGGGGUUCAGCUUCAGACUGACCUUCUCCUGGGCUGCACCUCAUAGCAGCUGUUAACCAACAGAGAAGAUACAAAAGCCGAAAUCACUAUGUGGAGCUGUGAAACUUUAAACAACAGUACUGAGCACAGCGAGGACCAGCAUCUCUGCCAUGACUUCCACCUUGUGCUUUCCAUCUUUUCCCUACUCUACCUCAUUAUAUGUUUCCCAAUUGGCCUGUGUUACAAUGGCCUGCUGGUCCUGGUUAAUCUCUAUAACAAAGCUACUAUGACUAUGCCAGAUGUUUAUUUUGUCAACAUUGCCAUUGCCGGUCUCAUCAUCAACGCUCUGGCACCAAUGUACCUCCUAGGUCUUGCCAAUACAAAAUGGGCCAUCUGGAAUUCUAACAAUGAAGUUUAUAUUACCUUGCUUAUUUUGUUCAACGUCUCAUCUUUAGUUACCAUGUACUCUACUACGCUACUCAGCCUGGACUACUACAUCGAACGCGCUCUGCCUAGGACUUACAUGUCAAGCGUGUACAACACCAAACACGUCUGUGGAUUCAUAUGGGGCGGUGCCAUGCUGACGAGUUUUUCCUCCCUCCUGUUCUACGUCUGCAGCCACGUCUCCACUAAAAUAAUCGAGUGCUCCAAGAUGCAGAACAAAGAAGCAGCUCAUGCCAUUAUGGUCUUCAUCGGGUACGUGGUGCCGGCCGUCGCUGUACUGUAUGCACUGAUCUUAAUCCUGAGGAUACGCAAAGAGGCCACGCCGCUGGAUCAAGACACGGGACGGUUAGAUCCAUCGGUGCACAGGCUUUUGAUUGCCACAGUCUGUACACAGUUCACCCUGUGGACACCCUAUUACGUGACCCUCUUGGUGAGCACGUUUACUAACGCGCGAGGAAGAACGGCGGACGAGAAUUUCAGCCGCAUCCUACAUUUUACCAAGAUCCUGUCCAAAUUCUUGGCUUUCUCGAGCAGCUUUGUCAUGCCUUUGCUCUACAGGUACAUUAACAAAAACUUCCCCAACAAACUACGGCGUCUGCUUAAGAAGCUACACUGUGGGAGCCAAGGGUGUUCUCAUGAGCGCACAGUAGUACAGCAAGUCAUGACGUAGGUAGGAAAACCCCUCUGGUGCUGUUACCGCAGUACUUAGCAUACCAGUCCUGGGACUGUGAUAGUGCUUUGUGGGCACUCAGUCUUUACAGAGUCCCAGCCAAGAGGCUAGAAGGAGCUUUCCAUUGCAGUUAAACGAAAACAGUCUUAAUUUUCAGAUAGUUAAUUGUUGGAAAUUGCUGAAGCCUUGGGAGCCUCUGGCCUCCGUGCUGUAAUACCUGUGACGUCUAAGCCUUUCAGUGCACUGAACUGGUUACAAAGCUUCUGUCUUCGUCGCUCUAAUGUUCCUGCCUGAAGAACUUCACCAAGCAAGCUUAUGGAAGUCUUGACUGAAGACACAGCACCUUGUACCUUGUAUAGAAAAAGGUGUUACCUUCUUUUCUGUACAGAGAAGUAAUAGUGCUAUCCUUGAUGAAGUAAAUAGUGGGGUUUUUUUGGUCAAUGAAGAUGCUAGAGGUGAUCUUGACUAAAGGUCAUCUUACCCAGCUAUACCUGUCCAGAUAGUAAAUGUUAAUUAUAAAUUAAAUUAUUUAAUGUCUUUCUCCAUCACUUUCUCCAUCCCUUCUAAAAGAAGCCUAAUUUACCAUUCUCACAAAUUUUUUUUCUGCCACAAAUUAACCUAAGUUUUAACCUUCACGGGAAAUUGAUUUUUUUCCCCCAUUCUAGAUAUAACAACUAACCAAAAAAA